UAUUGUGUAUUUCUAUUCAAUAUAAUUUAUUUUGUCACGAUAGUUGGGUUAUAGAAUACAAGUGACCUACAAGAUAAAAUGCCUCGAUUGGUAGGUUGGAGGUACACUGCCUUAAUUGGAGGAUUAGUUGGAGGUAUUGCUCUGGCAAUUUAUCCAAUUAUAAUAGAUCCUAUGAUUAAUACUGAAAAAUACAAACAAAUCCAGGCCCACACUAGGGCAAACAUUAAACAAGAAGAAAUACAACCAGGAAAUAUGAAAGUGUGGUCAGAUCCAUUUGACAGAAAAAAGACGAAUAAAACAUCUAGUUCAGAUUAAAAACAUUUUUGUGUACAUGCUUUAAAUUAAAUAUUAGCAUAAUUUUCUGUUUUUAAACUGUGUUCAUAAUGUAGGUUGUAAAUAUUGUAUAAAAAUUGGGCAUAUAAUAAACAAUUUCUGAUAGAGAUA